AUGGCGUACCGUUCCAAAAGCCCAAUUCACAUUGGCAUUAUUCUAUUGACGGUUCUUGUUUGUAUCUACAUAUAUAAUGCGCAGUCUAUGAAUCAGAAUCGGCGAUCAUCAAUUCUUCAGGUCUCAAUCGAUGAGCAGAAGCCUUCUGCGGAUAUUCUUCAGUCGCUCUCUUUAACAGAGGACCAAUGCGUGGCAACCUUUCCAGGCUUGACGAAGGAAAUUGACGAUGCGGUGGCGAGAGGAUCGUUCCCUUUGAAGAAACAACCGGAUCACCAUACUGGGCUUGUACAAGGAAGAAUAAGAAUGGAAAGGUCCUAUUUGACCUCUCAAGAUCUUAAAUAUGCUCCAGGUGUGUCUCUUUUCUUCUAUAUGUCGUUCGUACAUCGUCUGAUAUCUAUAUCACAGGAGCGGAAUUCUGUUCCUCAUCAACUGCAUCGUGCGGUUAUUACCUCGCCGUCUCCCCUUCCAAACAUCAUUUUCGCACUCAAUAUACUCGAUACGCCUAUGAACAACUCCUGGGCGUUCUCAAGAUCGAACGAUCCUCGUAUCGAAAACGGUAAUUAUUGGGUUAUGCCGCACUUUAGUUUUUGGUCAUGGCCGAUAUCUUUUAUUGGGUCGAUUGAUGAGGCAUUAUCUAAAAUAGAGCGCAUAGAGAAGAAUACAACAUGGAUCGAGAAAAUUGAUAAAGCAGUAUGGAGAGGAACGGGCUCGUUCAAUACAGUCGGUAACAAAGAUCUGCGACCGAGUUUAAUUCUCAAGGUGCCGAAAAUGCUAUUCGAAUAG